AUGGCGCUUUUGACAACUGUCGGCAGCUUUAUGCAGAAGGGAGGCCGCCUGUGGGAAGCUUACUCCAACCUCCUCAACACUCAAGCCGCGGUCAUGGCCUUGAACUCCAGCUUCGAGGACCCCUUCUAUCAGUACGAGCAGCAGGUGAAGCUCCUGGAAUCUUCCUUCCGAGACAUCUUCGUCAAGUCCAAUCUGAAGGUGACAGAGACCAUGGCCACCAAGGAGGACAAGGAGGACAUGGAGAUUUUGUAUGGGACGAUUCUCAACAUCUUUGAGGACAUACUUCUGAUCCUAGUGUCGAAGGACCUCUACAAGCUGCAGAUCCUGAAGGAAAUGAUCCUCUGGAUGUCCAGGGAUGACAGCUCCCAGAAGGAGGAUCCCAUGGCCAUCAUCAGCAGGGUCCUCAACUUCGCCUCCAAGAAGGUCGUAGGUCAAACCACCAUCGACGCCCCCUGUCUGGGGGUCCUGGCAGCUGAGCUGUCACUGCUGGGCUUCCACUCGAACGUGAUGGUGACCCAGCAGGCGUCUCUCGGGCUCUACCACCUGCUUUGCAUCGGCAAGUGCCACACCGAGCUGGAAUUCCAUCCUAACUCCUUAUAUCAAGACAAAAGUAAAAUUGCCGAGGCUAUAGGACAGACGCUGGCGCCGAACUUGCUGACGGACUUCGUGUGGACGCUCCUGUUGAAACUUUCCCACUCGAAAGAGGCCAUCUCCCGGGAGGCGGCCAGCAUUCUGCUGCUGACCCUGGACAAGUACUCCCACAAAGUCCUCAUGGUGGCCAGGAUCGUGGACACGCUCUACAACCAGCUGUUCGAGACGUCCUCGACCCUCCUGAAGGACGCCAUGCUCCAGGUCAUCACCCUGCUGACACGCACCUCGCCCAAGAAGAUCAUCUUCAAGCUGAUGGAUUGGCCAGUCCCCGCGGACAAGACCCUGAUCAUGAUGUGGCAGGCGGCGGGCUCCGAGGCCAGCACGGCGGCCCAGGUCCUCAAGACCAUCCUGCUGAUCCUCAAGGGCAAGCCCGGGGAACUGCAGGAUAGCAUGCUGGAGAAGAGACGCUUCUCCAUCGACACCAGCAACAUGAUGCCAGUGACGGCAUGCCAGGCCCUGUGCACGCUGCUGCCCGUGGCCUCCUACAAGAAGGCGGUGGCGCAGCUGUUCCCCGAGCUCCUCAUGGCCGUCCUGCUCCAGAUCUACUAUGACAGCGAGCUGAAGCUGUCCAAAGACCAGAAACCCAGCUACGCGCAGGAGGCGCUCAGGGUCCUCCUGAAUUGCUCCGGGCUCCAGGAGGUGGAAGUGAGCCUGAAGAAGAAGAACUGCUGGAUCCAGUUCUCCGAGGUCAUGUACCACCACCACGGGGUCUACCUGGUGGCCAAGACACUCAGCGAGUAUAACUUCCCCCAGUUCCCACAGACCUUGUACUAUCUCUACAAGACCUCCGUGGAAGGUACCAGAAGGGCAGAAGAUACCGUCAUCACAAUGACCUUCCUUACGGAACUCCUGAAUAACUACUUCAAGGACCCAUUCCCAGAGGAAUUUCUGGUCCUCUACCGGAACUGGAUGGGAGACCCCAGCCCCGUCGUGUGUAUGCUAAGCCUUCAGAAAAUCGGCAGCAUGGCGUCAUUCAUCAAUGAGGUAGAAAAUGUCCACGACCUGCUGAUGUCCACCCUGGGCACCUUCUUUUCCAAACACAAGUCGGUCAGUCUCCGAGGCAUGCUCACCCUCCGCCGACUUUUAAGCAAGCUGGACAGAGUCACCUAUUCCUCCAUGUGUAUCAAGAUUGCGCCUAACUACUAUCCUCUGAUGAGACACAGGAGCACUGGCAUCCGGAGCAUGGCCAUCCAGCAUCUGGGGGACCUGCUUCUGGAGAUGAGCCAGUACAACUGGAUGCUCAACAACGUGGUCCUGGACGGGCUGGUACCUGUGGUCCUCUUCCUGGAGGACACCGAGAUCGAGGUGGUCCGAGCCUGCAAGUUCACCCUGCGGAACUGCGCCCAGGCCAUGCACUGGACCCUGGGCGACGUGCUCGAGGACGAACACUACGAUUACCAGCUGGUGGUGCUCACCGUCUGCAACAACUGCCUGGUUUCCAAGAGUAGUUACAUCACCAACAUGAUCGGAGAGACACUGGGCUUCAUGGGGAGCCCCCGUGACUACCUAAAGAAGGCGUCCAUCAUCCUCUUGGGGUACCUGGCCAAGCUGGGAAGCCACUUGCUGCUGAAAGACGAAAUGGAAGUCAUGCUGGAGGCCGUGGACCGGCUGCUCUGGGACCAGAACCCCGCCGUCCGGAACCUGGCCGAGCAGACCCAUAGCAUCUUCCAGGAGAUCUCCCACAAGAUCUCGUCCGGCUUCAAGCAGAACAUCCGCCGGCUGUUCAAUGUCAUCUACGUCAAGAAGCUGAAGCUACUGUACAAUGUGCCCGUCGAGGACCGCCCCGAGGGCAGGGAGGCCCCCACCAAAAAGAUCUCGGAGGAGGAGAUGGAAGGGGACUUGAUCCCCAACCUCUGGGGCUCGGCCUUCUUCCAGCCUCUGGCAGCCCCUGAGACCGGGGCAUUGGGGGAUGCUGGACUGUCCCUCACUUCUCUCCUCCCCGACUGA